CAACGAUGAGCGCCGGGGUAGUGACCAAGUCGGCGCCGGUGCUCGUCGUCGGCCCGCCCGGCGGCGACGACGCCGUGGUCCACCUCACCUCCUCCUUCGACCGGAUCGUCCCUCCUAUCGGGGUCACCGCGCUGCUCCUCUUCGACCGGCCGAUCCCCGAGCCGGCGGAGACCAUCAGGACGGCGCUCUCGAGGGCGCUGGCCCACUACCGCCCCGUCGCCGGCCGCCUCGCCGACCACGCCGACGGCGAUGGCAAGCUCAUCCUGCGCAUCGAGGGCGCGGCCGGCGUGCCGUUCGUCGCCGCGUCGGCGUCCUGCGCGCUGGCGGACGUCACGGCGCCGCUGCUCGGCGGCCUCGCGUUGCGGUACCCCGGAAGGCUCUGCCGCCACGGCGACCCCCUGCUGCUUUUGCAGGUCACCGAGUUCGCCUGCGGCGGGUUCGCCGUGGCCGCGACGUGGAACCACGUGCUGACGGACGGCGAGGGCAUGGCGCAGUUCCUGGGCGCCGUCGGGGAGCUCGCGCGCGGGGCGUCCCCGGCGCCGUCCGUCCCGCCACUCCGCGCCGACGACGGCUCGCUCCUGGGCCUCCCGCCGUCCACGGUCGCCGCGCAGAAGCAGGGGGGCAGCCCCAUGCUCAAAAUGAACCUCGCGCUCCUCGACGUCACCGUCCCCGCCGGCCUGAUCGGCCGCGUCAGGGCCGAGUUCGACGCAGCAGGCCUCGGCGACCCGUGCACGGCGUUCGAGGCCGUCGCGGCGGUGCUGUGGCAGUGCCGGACCCGCGCGGCCGUCGUCUCCGUCUCCGACGAGGCCCCCGUGACCCUCUUGUUCGCGGCGAACCUGCGCCGGCUCGUCGGCGCCAGGCCCGGGUACUACGGCAAUUGCGCGGUGCUGCAGCAGCUGACCUCGACGCGCGGCGCGGUGGCGAACGGCGCGGCCGCGGACGUGGCGAGGAUGAUCCGGCGCGCGAAGGAGAGGAUCCCCGGCCUGCUCGGCCCCGGCGGCACGACGACGGAGCAGGGGGCGGUGGCGCUGACGUACAGCACGCUGGUGGUGUCGAGCUGGAGGAACCUGGGGUUCGAGGCGGCGGACUUCGGCGGCGGGAGGCCGGCGCGGGUGACAUGGCACUGGUACGGGGAGACGACGGUGCCGAGCUGCGUCGUGUGCCCGCCGGGCACGGACGGCGACAACGGCGGGGUCAGCGUGACAUCGCUCUUCGUCAGGCCAGAGCACGCCGACGCCUUCCUAGCCGAGCUCGCCGCCAUGUCGCCUGCAUCCAUGCCAUCACCAUCACCAUGAAUCUGUGAACUUGUACAGCUCUGA